AUGCAGCCGUUCUACUGCCCCCUGGACGAUGGAAAAGCAAUGUGUAUCCGACCGGAUAUAAUGGAGACGGAUGAGAUAUUGGAAUUCCCGGAAUAUUCAAAGGAACAGUCGAUUUACCUCGGCAUAAGAAAUACGAUCAUUGCUCUAUGGAACAUCAACCCUAAUGAGUGGCUAACUCCAAAACGCUGUGAACGCUUUUUGAUUUGCCGCGGUUUGGUUCGCGUUUUGGUGGUGCGUGAGGCGCAGCGCAUCCUCACAUUCCUUACGCACAAAGGUGUGGUCAACUACGGAAUCCUGCACAUCCCUCCGCACUGUCGAAUGCGUCGCUUUGAGACGCUCCGAGUGGCGGUAGUCGGCGCUGGCGUUUCCGGACUUUCUGCUGCGCAGCACCUACAGAACCUUGGCGCCGAGGUGACGGUUCUUGAGGCGAAGGAUGUGAUUGGCGGCCGAAUAUGCGACGAUUUCAGUUUAGGAGUGGCGUUCGGUUUAGGCGGUCAGCUGAUCACCGGAGUGAUCAACAAUCCGUUCUGCGUCAUGUGCAUUCAGGCUGGAAUCCCGUUUCGGACGCUGAACGACGAAUGCCCCCUGUUGGACGAAACGGACGGUGAAAUUGUGCCGACCCUGAUCGACAAACGCAUAGAUUUUCAUUUCAACGCUAUGCUGGACGCCGUCGAGUACUGGCGCAAUAAAUCGACCGAUGACAUUGCGCUGGAAACUGCUUUGACAACCAUGCACCGACUGUUCCUGAAGCAGAGCGGUGUGAUGCUUUCGGCGGCAGAGCAGAGACUACUGAACUUCCAUUUGAGUAACCUUGAAUAUUCUUGCGGGUCACCGUUAAGGCAAGUUUCGGCCAUGCACUGGGACCAGAACGAAAAGUUUGCUCAGUUCGCAGGAAAACAUGCAUUGCUGCCUGACGGCUGUUCGAUCAUUGUGGACAAGCUGUCUUGCGGCAUCAACGUUAUUAAAAGCUGUGCGGUAAACUUCUGAAG